GAUGGAGAGAGAGGAGAGAAGGACAAAAACGGAGAGAUAAAAUGGAAAAGAAGGUACACUCAAAAUAAAAUAAGGGUAAAGGCCAGCUUGAGCUUACCAAAGUUUUAUAACCAAAGAGAAGUGUCAAAGGCAGCAGCAGACAGCAGUGUAUCAAAGAAAGUUGCUUGCUUUGGGAGCCAAAAUUAAAAAGAAAAGAACCCAUCUUUUCUUACAUAUAAAUAUAUAAACACUUGUAUGUAUAUAUAGAGAGAGAUAGAGGGAAGAGAGAGAGAGAGGGGGAGGGAGAGAGAUGGUGGGCUCAGGUUCAGCAGAUAGGAGCAAAGAAGCUGUUGGGAUGAUGGCCCUUCAUGAGGCACUUAGAAGCGUCUGUCUCAACUCAGACUGGACUUACUCUGUUUUCUGGACCAUCCGUCCUCGCCUGAGAGUGAGGGGUGGUAAUGGUUGUAAAGUUGGAGACGAUAGCGGCAGCUUGAUGUUGAUGUGGGAAGAUGGAUUCUGCCGUGGUAGAGUUACAGAUUAUUUGGAAGAGAUUGAUGGAGAAGAUCCAGUGAAAAAAGCUUUCAGCAAAUUAUCCAUUCAAUUAUAUAAUUAUGGAGAAGGGUUAAUGGGAAAAGUUGCAUCAGAUAAGUGCCAUAAAUGGGUAUUCAAAGAACCAACAGAAUGUGAACCCAAUGUAUCCAAUUAUUGGCAGAGUUCUUUUGACGCACUUCCUUCUGAAUGGACUGAUCAAUUUGACUCAGGGAUUCAGACAAUAGCUGUGAUUCAAGCUGGCCAUGGACUUCUCCAGUUGGGUUCCUGCAAGAUUAUACCUGAAGAUCUCCAUUUUGUGCUAAGAAUGAGGCAUACCUUUGAAUCUCUUGGCUAUCAAUCCAGUUUCUAUCUCUCUCAGAUGUUUUCGUCGAACAGAAAUGGUUCUUCGUCGACCACGGUUCCUUCGAAGCAGUCUGCCAUUCCAACCUGGCCUCCUCCUCCGCCUGCGGUCUUUGGUUGGAACCAGAGACCGCUUCCACCGGCAACUCCAAUGGUUGCUUCACCUAAUUAUCAGAACCCAGCUAGACUCGGAUUCCCACAGGCCAAAGACGAGACCAACAUGUUUCUCAUGCCUCAUUCAUCCGAAACCAGAAUGGAAGAUAUGAUGAGCGAACACGAAAACGACAUCAAAUGGCCUAACGGCUUGACUUUCUUCAACGCUCUCACCGGACGGAAUGAAGACGCCAAGCUUUUAGUUAACCCGGAGAGCUUAGGAAACAAACAGGACCCGAACCACCUUCCCCUCAUGGUCGAAGGAAAAGAUUCUAAUCGAAACUCGGAUACCGAUGCUAACCCUACUGAGUUCUUGAGCUUGGAUAGUCAUCCAGAGAAUAUAAGGAAGAUGGAAAACAAGUUCAAGAGGAGCUUUACAUUGCCAGCAAGAAUGGCGACAUCUUCAUCUUCGGGGUUGUUAGAUCAGCAGCAGCAGCAACAGGCAGACGCGGGGAUGUAUGCGGAUGCAAUGGAUACCUUCUUGAAAUGAAGUUUGGGUUAGGGAUGUAGUAGAGGGGAGGGGAGAGUAGGGGGUGACAUUUUGUAUUUACGCAAAAAAGGGGUUUGUGUUGUUUAGUUGCUGAAUUGCUGUGUUUUGCUUUUAUGUUCUUUUUGAAUCCGUCUCUUUGAUCCAUUAAAAAACAAACUCUCUAAUCUUUUGUAGUUUAUUAUCCCCAAGCUUUUAUUCUUAUUUUUAAA